AAGAACACCAGGCUCACUGACCACCCGAGUGUCCGAAAAACGACUGCUUUGGAAAGCUGACGAACAAAUUAGCACGCUUCGCAUUCGGUCUGGGUUUUCGCAAACAGUGGCGCAUCGUCCCAAACAUAGACGAUCUUCGCCACGGGGGAUGGUCUGGGUGUUGUAGGGGAGCUUCUCUCUCUGGUUCUGCAUCAUCACGGAGGCCAACAGGAGGCAAGCAGCCAUGGCACCUGGACAGAAGAACAGAGUGUUUGUCAUUGGUGUCGGCAUGACAAAGUUUGACAAGCCGGGAGCCAGAGACGAUUAUGACUACCCUGAUAUGGCCAAAGAAGCAGGUGUAAAUGCUCUAGAAGAUGCAGGAAUCCCAUAUUCAGCGAUUGAGCAAGCCUGUGUGGGAUAUGUCUAUGGGGACUCCACCUGUGGACAGAGGGCCAUUUACCACAGUCUGGGUCUGACCGGGAUCCCCAUCAUCAAUGUGAACAACAACUGCUCCACAGGCUCCACGGCCCUCUUCAUGGCCCGUCAGCUGAUCCAGGGAGGUGUUUCUGACUGUGUUCUUGCCCUUGGUUUUGAAAAGAUGGAGAGGGGCUCUUUGUCUUCCAAGUUCAUGGAUCGGACCAAUCCCAUGGACAAGCACAUGGAGGUGAUGAUCAACCGCUACGGGAUGGCGGCGGCGCCGGCGGCACCACAGAUGUUUGGCAACGCCGGCAGGGAGCACAUGGAGAAAUAUGGCACAAAACCAGAACACUUUGCCAAGAUUGCCUGGAAAAACCACAAGCAUUCGACCAAUAACCCGUACUCCCAGUUCCAGGAUGAAUACAGCUUAGAGCAGGUUAUGAAAUCCAGGAAGGUGUUUGACUACCUUACUCUCCUGCAAUGCUGCCCGACUUCAGAUGGCGCUGGAGCAGUAGUUUUGGCCAGCGAGGCCUUUGUCAGGAAGCACCAUCUGGAAAACCAGGCAGUAGAGAUUGUGGCUCAGGAGAUGGUCACAGACCUGGCUUCCACAUUUGAAGAAAACAGCUGCAUCAAGAUGGUCGGAUAUGACAUGUCUCGGACGGCGGCUAAAAAGUGCUUUGAGGCGGCGGGCCUGAAGCCAAGUGACGUCGACGUGGUGGAGCUGCACGACUGCUUCUCGGCCAAUGAGCUCAUCACUUAUGAGGCUUUGGGAUUGUGUGGGGAGGGUAAAGCCGGUGAGCUGAUUGACAGAGGGGACAACACGUACGGAGGCAAGUUUGUGGUUAACCCGAGUGGGGGUCUCAUCUCUAAAGGACAUCCUCUGGGAGCCACAGGUCUGGCUCAGUGCGCCGAGCUCUGCUGGCAGCUCCGAGGUCAGGCCGGGCGGAGGCAGGUUCCCGGGGCCAAAGUGGCCUUGCAGCACAACAUCGGCCUGGGAGGAGCCGUGGUUGUUGCACUCUACAAGAUGGGUUUCCCACAGGAGGCGAGGUCUGUCGUAGGUGCAGCGGUUAGCAGCUCCAGCAACGAGCUGGAAGGGUUUAAGGCUUACCCCGUCUUUAAAGAGAUUGAAAAACGUCUGCAGCAGAUUGGUGGAGUGUUUGCUUUUAAAGUGAAGGACGGCCCGAAUGGGAAAGAAACAACUUGGGUCGUCAAUGUGAAAAAUGGCAAAGGAUCUGUCAACACUAACACGGAUGAAAAGGCCGACUGCACCAUCUCCAUCGGCGAUGAGGAUCUACUGCAAGUGAUGACUGGAAAACUGAACCCCCAAACGGCGUUCUUCUCGGGAAAGCUCAAGAUCACCGGGAACAUGGGCUUGGCCAUGAAGCUGCAGGACCUCCAGGUUAAGCCGGACAAUGCCAAACUGUGAGGCUUUGUGCUCAGGUUCUGUUCAGCUCAAAGGCAAAUUGCCUAAAAGAACUAGACUUCUUCAAUUUAAUUGUCGUCUCAUUUAAUGGUUAAUAAAAUUCUUAAAUAACUGACACAGUCUGAAGUGAUAGUCGAGAGGGAUCCAUUCCCAGCUGAUACUUUUCAUCAUCCAAACACAAAGCUCAUUUCUGUGUGGUAUGACCUGAAUUUCAAAUGUUUGGCAAUGAGAUCCACAGCACAACCUGUUUUUAUUAAUCACGCAGUCAGGAGACUAAAUAUGCCUCUUAAUUUGUCCAUAGAAUUAAGCUGCCUCAGGUUUAUAGCUGUCUUGACCUUAAUCUUUUUUUUUUUUUUUUUGAUAAAUCAAUUUGCAAAGAAUCUGUAAAUUUUAGAGAUAAUUUAGUUUUCUUCAAUAAAUAAAUCUUUAACUACACA